AAUUACCCCAACAACAACCUUAGUGCCAGUAACCCACGGUUUAUUGACACUCCCCAAAUUCCGGAGUCUUAACUCGUACGUUUGAACCUCAAAAACCUUAAUAAUAAAAAAUGGCACUUUCAAGUCUUUCAUCACCAAGACUUCCAUCACUACUUCUCCAUUAUCAAAAAGAACCAAACUUUCCAUUUUUAACAUCAAAUCUCCAAACCCCAUUUAACCAAUUUCCAAAAUUGUCAACUAUAAACAACCCUAAACAUCAUCAGAAAAUGUCAAGAACAUCAUCGUCAUUAAUCAAAGUACAAGCAUCAGUUGUUGAUAGAGUAAUUGAAUUGGUCCAAUCUUCACCACCCACGUGGCAAUCUGCUUUGUUGAGUAAUUUAAUUAUUUUUACUUUGGGUUCUCCACUUUUGGUUACUGGUUUGUCGAUUUCUGGUAUUGGUGCUGCUUUCUUGCUUGGGAAUCUUACAUGGAGAGCUUUUGGUUCUUCUGGAUUUCUUCUUGUUGCUAUGUAUUUUGUUAUUGGCACAGCUGCGACUAAGGUGAAAAUGGCUCAGAAAGAGGCUCAAGGGGUUGCAGAGAAGAGAAAAGGAAGGAGAGGACCUGGAAGCGUGAUAGGCUCCAGUGCAGCCGGUUGUGUUUGUGCAUUUUUAUCAAUUAAUGGUGUUGGUGGGGAGGCAUUUACUCGCUUGUGGGAACUUGCAUUUGUAGCCAGUUUCUGUACUAAGUUGAGCGACACUGUCUCCAGCGAGAUAGGAAAGGCAUAUGGUAAAACUACGUAUCUUGUCACCACGUUCAAGGUAGUGCCUCGGGGUACUGAAGGCGCUGUGAGUGCUGAGGGAACCUUUGCUGGGUUUCUUGCUUCAGUUCUUCUUGCUUCUUUUGGUUUUCUAACGGGUCAGAUUAGUAUACCAGGGGCUGCAAUAUGUGUAAUAGCCGCGCAGAUAGCAAACUUUGGUGAAAGUCUAAUAGGCGCUUCACUUCAAGAGAAAGAAGGAUUUCGUUGGCUCAACAAUGAUGUUGUCAAUGUCAUCAACAUAUCCCUGGGAAGCAUUUUGGCCGUCCUAAUGCAGAAAAUAAUAUUCCAGAGUUAGUCAUACUUGCCGCGUGGAUCUUGAAUUGCCACCUUCCAUUGCAUACAGUGCAGAGCAUAUCAUCGAGACACAAAAGAGAUCAGUAUCAGUACUUAGAGGUGGACAGUAUCAUUCGAGCCAGUAACGAAGACUUGUUAGAAUAUUCAUGUUGUUGUUACAGUUGAGAAACAAUUCUGAUAAAUCACUCCUCAAAUUUACCAAAUUAUUCCAGUGGCAAAUGUAUUGUUUCCAACAGUACUGUGCACAGUUUUAUAUUUGGUUGCUCAAAAUAGUUUAUGUAAAGAUCCAAUUGUUAGCACUUGUAGAUUACUAAUUUGAAUAGAAUUAGUGUCAUAGUUUCAGUACUGAUGUAAUCUUAUUUAUAGUAACAGUAACAAAGAAGCAUAUUUUUCUA